GAUCCAGACGAUCGGCUCAGACUCCUCAUCAUCCCGAGCUGUGGUCAUGUGACUCUUCCCAUCGGUCGGGAUUUCACUCUCGGCAUGGCGGAGAUGAUGGAUCUCUGUGUGUUGUCAAGUAACACUUGUUUUUAGCUGUGAGGAGAAGCCGGGGUUUCUGUUAAACCGUUGUGCGCCGUUCUUUCCACACGGUUUCGGCUCGUAAUGGCGGAACGCGGUGUGGAUGUGUCUGCUCUCCCCCAAGAGGUCCGGGAGCAGCUCGCAGAGCUGGACCUGGAGCUGUCCGAGGGUGACAUCACACAAAAAGGAUAUGAGAAGAAGAGGGCCAAACUUUUAGCACCCUACUUGGUACAAAUACAAAAUGUGGCUCCGCCUCCAGCAUACGAUGGACAGUCUCCUGGUCAAAGCUCCGCCCCGGCACCUGAACCUGGCCCCUCCAACUCCUCUUCCUCCUCGUCCUCUCGUCACCGGCGCACACGGCGAGCACACCGGAGUAGUGGAACUAGAGAUGAACGUUACAGAUCAGACAUUCAUACAGAGGCGGUUCAAGCAGCAUUGGCAAAGCAUAAGGAGGAAAAGAUGGCGCUGCCCAUGCCAACCAAACGGCGCUCCACUUAUGUACAGUCACCAAUUGACAACUGCACCCCGCCAGACUCCUCCUCUUCCUCUGAAGAUGAGGCAGUGUCCAGUGAAAGUGCAGGGCCACAGCAGUCUCCAGACACCUGGAUCAAUAGUUCUGUUCAUGGCUCCUCCACCUCCUCCUCUGCCUCCUCCACUCUGUCUCAUGGAGAGUCUCGCCCCGCCCAGGCAGCGCAGUCUCAACAGGCCCCGCCCCCUCCUCACCAGGUUCAGCCGCCCCACUCGCACUCGCAGCCCUCCGCCCUGGCAGAGGCCUUCGCUGCAACACGUAUAGAUCCAGGAGGAGGAGUCGGGCCACCUGAUGUACCAUCCCAACCUCAGGCUAGAGGCUCUCGUGUGGAUCUCCCUGCCAAUGCUGUGGUGCGAGGAAUGACACGAGGACAGAGCCGGUCCAGCAUGAUGGAGACAGCAGACGUGAGAAGAGUAGGCAGAGGUGUCCCAGUGUCCAGUCGUGUCUCAACGAAGAUCCAGCAGCUGCUUAACACUUUGAAACGACCCAAACGGCCCCCGCUCAGCGAGUACUUCAUGGAUGACCAAGAGGAGAUUGUGGAAGUUCCUCGGGCAGAUCCUAACACUCCUAAACCAGAAGGUCGGCAGAUUAUCCCCGUCAAGGGUGAGCCUUUGGGUGUUGUCAGUAAUUGGCCUCCUGCCCUUCAAGCUGCAUUAACCCGAUGGGGCGCCACACAGGGCAAAAGUCCUGCCCUCACAGCUCUUGACAUCACUGGGAAACCGCUUUAUACACUUACAUAUGGUAAACUGUGGAGUCGUAGUGUGAAGCUGGCCUACACUCUCCUCAACAAACUGGGUACCAGAAAUGAGCAGAUCCUCAAACCAGGAGAUCGGGUGGCGCUGGUGUAUCCUAACAGUGACCCUGGUAUGUUUUGGGUUGCAUUUUAUGGCUGUUUGUUGGCUGAGGUCAUUCCCGUGCCCAUUGAAGUUCCGCUGUCACGAAAGGACGCAGGGAGCAGUCAGGUUGGUUUCUUGUUAGGAAGCUGUGGGGUGGGCCUCGCUCUGACCAGUGAGAUAUGUCUGAAGGGUUUACCAAAAACCCCCACUGGAGAAAUAUUACAAUUUAAAGGCUGGCCCAGGUUAAAGUGGGUGGUGACUGACUCCAAGUACCUCACCAAGCCGUCGAAAGACUGGCAGCCACAUAUCCCGACAGCCAACACUGACACAGCAUACAUAGAGUAUAAGGCCAGUAAGGAAGGCACAGUGAUGGGUGUUGCGGUUUCAAAGGUUGCCAUGUUAACACAUUGCCAGGCACUUACUCAGGCCUGUAACUACUGUGAGGGUGAGACGUUGGUGAAUGUUUUGGACUUUAAGAAGGACAUGGGUUUGUGGCACGGAGUUCUUACGAGUGUGAUGAACCGAAUCCACACCAUCAGUGUUCCGUAUGCGGUAAUGAAGGCCUGUCCACUGUCCUGGGUUCAGCGAGUUCACAUACACAAAGCGCGGGUGGCCCUGGUAAAGUGCCGUGAUCUGCACUGGGCGAUGAUGGCACACAGAGAUCAGAGAGAUACCAGUCUGGCCUCUCUGCGCAUGCUGAUUGUUGCAGACGGAGCCAAUCCCUGGUCAGUUUCAUCAUGUGAUGCAUUUUUGAACGUAUUCCAGGCCCAUGGCCUGAAGCCAGAGGUCAUCUGCCCGUGUGCUACAUCCCCUGAGGCCAUGACCGUUGCCAUACGCAGGCCUGGGGUUUCUGGUGCUCCUUUACCAGCGAGAGCUGUCUUAUCAAUGACUGGUCUGAGUCAUGGAGUCAUCAGGGUCAAUACUGAAGACAAGAACUCUGCUCUUACUGUACAGGAUGUGGGACAUGUCAUGCCUGGAGCAUUGAUGUGCAUUGUUAAACCGGACGGGCCGCCUAUGCUGUGUAAGACUGAUGAGAUUGGAGAAAUCGUUGUAAACUCUCGUGCCGGCGGGACCAUGUACUACGGUCUGCCUGGGGUUACCAAAAACAACUUUGAGGUGAUUCCAGUCAACGCUAGUGGUGCUCCUAUUGGUGAAAUCCCAUUUGUGCGAUCCGGGUUACUGGGGUUUGUUGGACCGGGGAGUCUGAUAUUUGUGGUGGGUAAGAAUGAGGGCUUGCUGAUGGUCAGCGGUCGUCGUCACAAUGCUGAUGAUCUAGUAGCGACGGCGCUCGCUGUGGAACCUGUCAAGACUGUAUACAGAGGCAGGAUCGCUGUGUUCUCAGUGACUGUGUUCUUUGAUGAGAGGAUUGUAAUAGUAGCAGAGCAGAGACCUGAUGCCAGUGAGGAAGACAGCUUUCAGUGGAUGAGUCGGGUCCUGCAGGCAAUUGACAGUAUUCAUCAGGUGGGAUUGUAUUGCCUUGCUCUGGUUCCCGCCAACACACUACCCAAAACUCCCUUAGGGGGUAUUCACAUCUCAGACACUAAGCAACUCUUCCUGGAGGGGGCGCUGCACCCCUGCAACAUCCUCAUGUGCCCCCACACCUGCGUCACCAACAUGCCCAAACCACGGCAGAAACAACCAGUUGGCGUCGGCCCUGCGUCCAUCAUGGUGGGUAAUUUGGUUGCUGGGAAGAGAAUUGCACAGGCUGCGGGCCGGGACCUUGGACUGAUUGAGGACCAAGACCUGGUCAGGAAGCUGUGUAUGUGGCCUACGAUGAUGCAUCAGUAUCUCACAGAGGCUUUACAGUGGAGAGCACAAACCGACCCUGACCACACACUCUUUGUGCUGUUGAAUGCAAAGGGAGUGGCUGUUUGCACAGCUACAUGUGUUCAACUUCAUAAAAGAGCAGAGAAGAUUGCUGCUGCUCUUAUGGAGAGAAGUGGUAUUAACAUUGGAGAGAAUGUGGUGCUUCUGUAUCCACCAGGUAUAGAUCUGAUCGCAGCCUUUUACGGCUGUUUGUAUGCCGGCUGUAUUCCCGUCACCGUGAGGCCUCCACAUCCGCAGAACCUCUCAGCCACUUUGCCCACUGUCCGCAUGAUUAUCGAUGUCAGUAAGGCUGCCUGCAUUCUCACUACUCAGGUUUUAACAAGGAUUCUUAGAUCUAAAGAAGCAGGAGCCACUGUAAACAUAAAAACAUGGCCCAUUAUAAUAGACACAGAUGACUUGCCUCGAAAACGACCACCAACAAUUUACAAACCGCCCAAUGCCGAGAUGAUCGCCUACCUGGACUUCAGCGUCUCAACAACAGGCAUGCUGACAGGGGUUAAGAUCUCUCAUGCGGCAAUGAGCGUUCUGUGUCGCUCUAUAAAGCUGCAGUGUGAGCUCUACUCCUCGCGCCAGAUCGCCAUCUGCCUUGACCCGUACUGCGGACUUGGUUUUGUUCUCUGGUGUCUUGCGAGUGUGUACUCGGGUCACCAGUCCAUCCUGAUUCCUCCUAUGGAACUGGAGAUCUCACUGUCCCUGUGGCUGAGCACACUGAGUCAGUAUCGUAUUAGAGACACCUUCUGCUCUUAUUCGGUCAUGGAGCUCUGCACUAAAGGCCUGGGUGGACAGACCGAGUUGCUGAAGGCACGUGGUGUGAAUCUGUCAUGCGUGAGGAGCUGUGUGGUGAUCGCUGAGGAACGUCCACGCUUGGCUCUCACUCACUCCUUUUCCAAACUGUUUAAAGACAUCGGACUCUCCACACGGGCUGUCAGCACCGCCUUUGGGUCAAGAGUCAACCUAGCCAUCUGCCUACAGGGUACCACUGGACCAGACCCCUCAACUGUAUAUGUGGACAUGAAGUCCCUUCGACAUGACAGGGUGAGGUUAGUGGAGCGAGGAGCACCACAGUCUCUUUCUCUCAUGGAGUCUGGAACAAUUCUUCCUGGCGUGCGGGUAAUCAUAGUCAAUCCAGAAACCAGAGGACCACUGGGGGAUUCUCAUCUGGGAGAGAUAUGGGUGAACAGUCCCCACAAUGCAACAGGGUACUACACUAUAUACGGAGAGGAAAAUCUUCAAGCUGAUCACUUUAACACUAAACUGAGCUUCGGAGAUCCACAAACACUCUGGGCCAGAACUGGAUACCUGGGUUUUGUGAAGAGAACUGAACUCACAGACUCUAGUGGAGAUCGUCACGACGCCCUGUUUGUAGUGGGCUCCUUGGAUGAGACUUUGGAAUUGAGAGGUUUGCGAUAUCAUCCAAUCGACAUUGAGACCAGUGUUUCACGUACACACCGAAGCAUCGGCGAGAGUGCCGUUUUCACCUGGACAAACCUGCUGGUGGUGGUAGCUGAACUCUGUGGUUCGGAGCAGGAUGCAUUAGACCUGGUUCCACUGGUAACCAAUGUUGUAUUAGAGGAGCACCAUCUUAUCGUGGGUGUGGUGGUUAUUGUUGACCCAGGGGUCAUCCCUAUAAACUCCAGAGGAGAGAAGCAGAGAAUGCACUUGAGAGACUCCUUCCUGGCAGAUCAGUUGGACCCCAUAUACGUAGCAUACAAUAUGUGAGCCGGGCUAAGGGGAAGCCUAUCGGCCUAUCAGAGAUGUGCAAUGGAGCAUGGACUCAGAGCUUAUACAAUUGAAAAAAACUUAGCGCUGUCUGUUAAGGGGUAAGGUGUUAAGAAAUACAAAAAUGUUAGAUGACUGUUUAGGAAGUGGGAUGAGUUUCCCUUUUUGCUAACUUCCUUUUCACCCUGAACCACUGCCCUCCAACCCUCCCUAAACUCUCCCCAAAACGCCAUAUACGAUCAAGAUUUAAAUGUACUUGAAUCAGCUCACCUAUGGUGCUGUGUGUUACAGGGCUGUAAAUUGUAACAUUUAACGGAUGGCGUAGAAAUUAUAGGGGGUUCGAUACUCCAUUGUGGUCAUUUAGCAGAUGCUUCUAUCCAAAGCAGCUUACGGUAUUCUCGCUGCCGAGACAUGUAAAUGGGGAAAUAUAAACCUGGGGUUAAGUGCCUUGCUCAAGGGCAGUAUGGUUGUAGGACAUCUCUGGAGUGCUCUAGAUAUAAGAAUGCCCUUACCCAGGUUGAAGACUACAUCACUAGACCCCCAUCCCCAGAAGGGUCGCCUUAUCCCUCAGUCAUGGGGGCAAGCCACAACCCUUUCAGUUAACAUAAGAUAUUGCUAAUUGAUUAUGCCACAGGGACUGCUGUCGCACCUGACAAAUGGAUGCAGAUCUGAAUUGCUCAAAGUAAAAUAAGUAUUUAGCUCAAUUUUUUUGGUCAGUUUUAGAACACUAUUGUGUUCAAUCUUACUACUGGGGCUUCAAUGUUUUUUCUGGAUAUAAGUUGGCAUCCUGUAUCUACUAGGCUGUGAGAUUUUUUUGACUUUAUGAAGAUGGACAGUUUUGCUUGUACUAGAAAACAUAAAGCCCAACACUGAAUUACCUUUUUUCAGCAGGUUGUUGUUUAUGAAUGUACACAGCCAGCUUUUACACUAUUCCUUAGGUUAUUUGUUGUAUUUGUUGUUGGUUUCUUUUAGUCUAAAUUAAUUCAUUUUACACAUAAUACUAUGAUCGAUAGCAGACAAAAAUAUGUAAAACACUACAAUGUUACUCUUAUAUACAGCAUAAUACUAAAAAGGCCAAAACAAUAGGUAAAAGAACUCAAAGUGAGUUAAACUUGAAAAAUAUUUAAGUAAAAUCAUAGAUUUGAUAAAAGCUUGGCACCUUUUAACCCAUACGGCCAUUCCCUUAACCCAUAAAAACACAAUUAGCACUAAUAAAAAAACGAAAAACAAUUUUUUUUUCAUUAUGCUUUGUGCACUUUAUUUUAUAAAUGUGGAUAUUUUCAAUAACAUCGACCAUACGUAUCUAACAAGCAGAAGGGCAUGUCUUCGUUAUGUAACAUUAACUUGCAUUAUUGAGUAGGAUAUGACUAAAGUAGGUUACACACCAAACCAGAAGCGCCAUGUCACGGCAAGGACAUCCAUAAUUGCGUCCAUAAUUGUAGGGGCGCAUUGGCGGCUUGUGUAUCCUCAUAUAUAACAAUGUGUUCGAUUUUUUUUAAUGCAAUGCUGCGCCUCUCAUCCAGUGUGCGACACCCUUAACACACCAAAAAACAAACACAACAGCAAAGUGCAGAAACACUUUGUAAGGCUCAGUGUUACAUCACCUGCUGCAUUUACAAAACACCCAAGCUUGUCUCUCAACAUAGGGUACGAAUUUAAAGAAAAACACACUCCGGCGUAUAAUGGCUCCAACUAUAAACCUCAUUGCAAACCAAACACAAACUGAGGUAUAGCUCUAUUUUUGCUCUCAUAUAAAGGUGCUUUUACACAUCAGGACAAGCCAUCGACACCUCUAAAUGGCAAAAAAAGAAAAGAAAUUCAGGCAUCUGUACAAUAAAGCAAGAUAACUGUAAAAUAACAUGCCUCUGUACAAACAAGCCCCUCGUAAACAUCUUACUGUACAAAAGUAUAGAUUUUACAAGUUUGGCUAACAGAUCUUUCAAUGACAGGUGCUGUCUCCUGUACUAUAGACAUUUUUACCAGGAAUGACUCCAGCAUCUUGAAAACCAUGAAUAAUUGUAAAUAACUGCUUGUGUACAGAUGAUAACUUCAAAUGUACUGUAUGUUAGUUGCUUUAUUCUGUCAGAUUUUUGGAUUAACAGAAUAUGAACUACUGUCCAUGACAUCCCACCGUAGCUGAGCGGGGGGUCUAAAGUUUAAGACUUAUUGUGAAUAGCUUGCUUCAUUUCUCUUUGUUCUUUUAUGGUCGAUAAUGUGUGAUGGGUUGACAUCUGUGUUCAGCUCUGUCUGUCAUGCAUUUCUGUUUAGAAUUCCGUUUAGGAGAUUGUACAUAGCUCUUACAUUAUGUAAAGUCUUUAUGAUGUAAGCAUGAUAAAGUCAGGCACUGUCGGGGCUUAGAAGGACUAGGUCUCACACAAUUGAUCAUCACAGUAUGUUAGACGAUAUCCUCAUACUGUAAAAUGGGGUGUAUUGUGUGUGUGUGUGUAUGUUUAGAAUGCAUAGUGGCAAGCUUGCGUGUUUGUGGUUCACAGUUAUGUACUGAUAGGCGGUUUGUAACUGUGAGAACACCGUUAAGAGAUUGUUUGGCACAACACCUUCUCCCAAAACUGAUUUACUGUCAUGAAAUGUAUUCUCAUAUUUUCGCUCUCAUAUUGGUGUCAGAGCUGAGUUUACGUGAAAGCACAAGCGAGUGAAUGAAAUUUUACAUGGGACUUUCAGGGAAAUAGUGCUUUCCAAGACAGAAAGGAAAUUCAUAUAUAAAUAGUCACUUUAUUGUUGUUUUUUUGUUCUUUAAAGAUUUUAGUUGUCGUACAGUUUGACAAUUUAUGUUUUGACAGUUAUGGACAAAACAGGAACACAACAUAAUCCGUUUUUUUUAUUGGAAUUCUGGAUGCCAGUUUAGGCCUGGAACCAAAUGAUUUUUCACACUAUGCAACCAACGGCAGACACAUUUUCAAGUAUUUGGCGGGCAUACACACACACACCACUAAGGGAAAAUGUAUUUGCUGAAUAUAAAUUUCUGGAAUAACAGUAACAUGAUUAUGUUGAUAGACAAUUCAUAUUACUAUUAUGUAUUUUUAUGUAUUUCUGAUAUUAUUAAUAGCAGUAUGGCAAAGUCAUUAUUUCCAAAGUUAUAUUUCAAGAUUUCUUUGUCAUUCAUGGAUAUAACUGAAAGUCAUGAUUAUGCAAGCAAACAUUUCCCUAUUGGUUCACAUGUUUCUUUUGUACAUUGGUUCCUGUUACUGUUUUAUACUGAAAUGAAAAAAAAAACAAUAAAAGGCUUUUAUUUUGCAACGCUGAUAACGUUUCGUUUUUUUACAAAUGUAUGCUCUUUGUUUGAC